AUGAAAAAAAAGAAGCAACAGAAAUCAAUUGCAGAAACUUGCGCUUCUUCGCAGUCAGUAACAGCAACGAGCAGUCAAUCGCCUGCUGCUGCUGCUGCUGCCACCCCAAUUACUAAUGUGGUUGGCCGUUCAAGCGAGGUCUCUCCCAUUGCUCUUCAAGCCGCAGGUGUGUCAUCAUCGUCAUCGUCACAUAAAACAGCUCAAGCUCAUCACUCGGAAUCCUCACAAAAAUUACUGAAACGACGCUCGACGAGUAAUGCACAAGUUUCGGCCACCGGUGAACGUAACAUCUCCCGACGCUCACCGUCAUCCAAAAAGCCAACAUCAUCUACC